UUCCUUUCUCUCAUUCCUUGCCACCUAUAUAUAUCUGUCCAGAAUUCAUCUCUGAUGAACCUCCAAUUAAUCCUUGAAUGCUCCCUACUCCCUAGUCCUUGCUGAAAGAGGCGCCCUUGUCAAACAUCUCUUCGUUGUCAUGGAGAAGAGUCCAGAGCUUGCACAAAUGAUCUUGCCAAGAUCAGUAGCGAAGCUUCUGCACCAUCGUCUCAGUUCCGAGUUUGCAGGCCUGCAGGAUAAGAGCACCCUGCUGCAACCAAGGCAAAACGAGACCAUCAAGUACAAGGUGUUUGCUGGUACAUGGAAUGUGGGUGGCGUUGCGCCGCCAGAUGAUCUGGACCUCAAGGAUUGGUUGGACACCACGGCAGGCUCCUGCGACAUCUAUGUUCUUGGGUUCCAAGAAAUCGUGCCACUGAAUGCGAGGAACGUGCUUGGUCCUAAGAAGAGAUCGGCGGCCAUGAAGUGGGACUCCCUCAUAGCUGACGCACUGAACAACACGAGAAGACGAAGACAACAAGGAGGAAGAGGAGGAGCCAUGUCAGGAUGCAGAGAAGCGGCGCACUCAGAACGGCGCCAAGACCAGGACGUGUUCAGGCGCGUCACGAGCAAGCAGAUGGUCGGCAUCUUCGUCUCGGUCUGGGCGAGGAGCGCCCUCCGCCAGCACGUCCGCCGCCACCUUGCCGUCUCCUGCGUCGGUGCCGGCGUCCUCGGCCUGCUGGGCAACAAGGGGGCGGUGACCGUCCGGUUCGUGCUGCAAGGAACCAGCUUCUGCUUCGUCUGCUGCCAUCUGGCCUCCGGCAGCGACGACGGCGACGUGCUGCUCAGGAACGCCGACGUGGGAGCCAUCCUCUCGCGGACAAGGUUCCACGGCCGUGGCAGCGCGGAGGCGGAGGCGGAGGCGUCGCAGGAGCUGACCCUGCCCAAGAAGAUUCUUCACCAUGACCGCGUGGUGUUGCUCGGCGAUCUCAACUACCGGGUCGCCAUGGACGACGAGGACGAGGCACGGCAGCUGGUGACGGCCAGGAAAUGGAGCAUGCUGCUGGAGAACGACGAGCUGCUGCUGGAGCUCUCCAAGGGCCGGCGAUUCGACGGCUGGCACGAGGGACUCGUCACCUUCGCCCCGACAUACAAGUACCACCGCAACUCCGACAAGUUGUACUGGUGGGCGGACGGCGGCGCCGACAGGGGCGGCCAUCGGAAUUCGAAGCAGCACCGCGCGCCGGCAUGGUGUGACCGUAUCCUCUGGCGCGGGAAGGGGAUGAUGCAGACACGGUACGAGAGCUGCGGCGGCUACCGCCUCUCUGACCACCGGCCAGUGAGGGCGGUGUUUCACUUCCACGCCGUGUGCGAGGUCGCUAAACAUGUAUAGAUACUAAGAUAGUUAUAUAUAUGCAAGCAGAUAUUGUGUGCUUUGAAACAUAGCUAUAGGCCUAUAGCUAACCAAGGAGGCAUCGACACAUUGUAAAUCUAAGGGGUUGCCUUAUAAACAAAAAUAUUACAGACAUUCUUUUACGGGACCGAAACAGCUCAAAAAGUUUGCAGGCGUAUUUCCA